GCGGAACGUUGUGUUUCUGAACAGUGUUUCUGGUCGGACAUUAAAACGAGACGAAACUUUGUGUAGCGGUAAAUGUUUCUCGUGUUAUUCGCUUUAACGUUUGUUUCGUCUACAAUAAUUGUACGUUUCUCAUAUAAAAGUACGUGUGGCAUGUAAAACAUGAACUAUUACGGUCACUAGCAUGUAAAAUAUUUAGCGGCAACAUAUGCACGGUAGAGGAUCGUGUGUUUCUAUUUAUAUUUUCUCAGCAGAUCAUCUACCAGAAAUAAGUAACGAGUGAUAUACAGUUUGCUUUUUCUCAUGGCUCAAACGUGGACUGAUGUGCACGCUAUUUUGCCUUCGACCAAUGCUGAAUUUACUAUUGAGUUCAGUGAAAAGAUUGAACCCAGUGUGUUGAAGAUUGUUGAACUGGCCCGAGAUCAGCUGUACAGUACAUCAGAUAUUCCAGCUUCUGUUGAAACGGCUCAGAUCAUCAUAGAUUACUCCUGGGAAAAACUUAACACGGGGACAUGGAGAGAUGUUGACAAGGAGUGGAGGCGGAUGUACUCUUACGGCUGCCUCUUUAAAGUCUUAAGUUUAUGCCAUGGUAAUCCAUCACAUGCCACCAUCAAAGAAGCCAUUAAGACGUGUGAUAUGGGUUUGUUAAUGGGAGCAGCCAUCAUGGACAACAUUUUGCAAAGACUUGUUUGUAUUUUAAGGAAUAAAAUGAAAUUAAAAAGUCCAAAGAAAGUAGAGAAGAGUGAUGAACCCUGUUUAAAGAAAACGAAACAGGAAUGUGUGUCCGAGCCUCGGAUAAACCCAACACAAGCCGUACUUAGGAUUCAGUGUCCAUCACUGGAGCGGUUUAGAUCAGAUUUUCUGAAUCCUCAAAAGCCUGUCAUCAUAGAGGGAAUAAUUGACCACUGGCCGGUUACAGAGCAUCCAUGGAGCAUAGACUACUUGCGAAGUGUCGCCGGCUGCCGGACGGUUCCCAUUGAAGUGGGAUCCAAGUACACAGAUGAAGAGUGGUCACAGAAGCUCAUUACAGUGAAUGAGUUCAUAGACAGCUACAUUUUAGGAACAGGGGAGAAUGGAGUGGGAUAUCUGGCUCAGCAUCAGCUGUUUGAUCAGAUUCCAGAGCUGAAAGAAGAUAUUCGCAUUCCAGACUAUUGUUGUCUUGGAGAUGGAGAUGAAGACGACAUCACGAUUAAUGCCUGGUUUGGGCCUGAGGGGACAGUUUCUCCUCUCCAUCAGGAUCCACAACAAAACUUUCUGGCACAGGUGGUUGGAAGGAAAUAUAUACGUCUGUACAGUCCAGACGAAACAAAAAAUCUGUAUCCACACGAGUCGCAGCUACUGCACAACACCAGUCAGGUGGAGGUGGAGAAUCCAGAUUUGGUGAGGUUCCCAGACUUCUCUAAAGCCUCAUAUCAGGAGUGUGUACUCCAGCCUGGAGAUGUCCUCUUCAUACCCGUCCAACACUGGCAUUACGUGCGCUCUCUAGAGCUCAGCUUUUCUGUUAGUUUCUGGUGGUCUUGAUAUGGGUAUAGAAAUAAACACCUUGACAAACGUU